GCGAGCGGACGGGCGUGGGGUGCCGGGGCCGCGCCGCGGGAGCCGCCGCCGCCGCGCGCCGUCGCGCCAUGUCCGGGCAGCUGGAGCGCUGCGAGCGCGAGUGGCACGAGCUGGAGGGAGAAUUUCAAGAACUGCAGGAAACGCACAAGAUCUACAAACAGAAGCUGGAGGAGCUGACUGCGCUCCAGACUUUGUGUAGUGGCUCCAUUAGUAAGCAGAAGAAGCGGCUGAAGGACUUGAAGUACACACUGCAGAGGUAUAAGCGCCAUGCCAGGCAGGAGGAGGUGGAGCUCAUCCAGCAGAUGGACACCAGCAUCAAGGAGCGCCAGAACGUCUUCUUCGACAUGGAGGCUUACCUGCCAAAGAAGAACGGGCUCUACUUAAAUCUCGUCCUCGGCAACGUGAAUGUGACUCUUCUCAACAAUCAGGCCAAGUUUGCCUACAAGGACGAGUAUGAGAAGUUCAAGCUCUACCUGACGAUCAUCCUCCUGCUUGGUGCUGUGGCCUGUCGAUUUGUCCUUCACUACAGGGUGACAGACGAAGUCUUCAACUUCCUGCUGGUGUGGUACUACUGCACCCUGACGAUCCGGGAGAGCAUUCUCAUCAGCAAUGGCUCGAGAAUCAAAGGCUGGUGGGUGUCACACCACUACGUCUCCACGUUUCUGUCUGGAGUGAUGCUGACUUGGCCCAACGGACUCAUUUAUCAGAAGUUUCGCAAUCAGUUUUUAGCAUUUUCAAUUUUUCAGAGCUGUGUGCAGUUCCUACAGUAUUAUUACCAGAGGGGUUGCCUCUACCGGCUGCGGGCCCUCGGGGAGAGGAACCACCUGGACCUCACGGUGGAAGGGUUCCAGUCCUGGAUGUGGCGGGGCCUCACCUUCCUCCUGCCGUUCCUGUUCUGUGGCCACUUCUGGCAGCUCUACAACGCCGUCACGUUGUUCCAGCUCUCCAGGCAUGAGGAAUGCAAAGAAUGGCAGGUGUUCGUGCUGGUGCUCACCUUCCUGGUCCUCUUCCUGGGCAAUUUCCUGACCACCCUCAAAGUCGUGCACACCAAGCUCCAGAAGAACAGAAGCAAGAUGAAGUAGCCACGAGCCCCAGGACUUCCAUGCCCUCGGGCCCCUGGACUUUGAGACUCUGGGGGCCGGCCCCCGCUGCCCCUUUGCUGCCCAGCUGUGGCUGCCGGCAGCGGCCAUCUCAGGGGCCCCUGGCACCGUGGGGGACAGGGCCGGGGACCGUGACCCAGCCUGGCCGCACAGCCCCAGCCGCCCCGGCCCCCCUAUUUAUGAGCCUGUUUAACGCCGGGCCCUCCCCACUGCCCUUGGCGGGAGCCGAGAUGGGGCCAGUCUUCCUGGGGAGGGGCUCGAAGCCUCAGGGAGCCCCUCGCCCUCCUGCCGUCCUCCGUGCCCCACAUGGUGGGGUCUGCACGUGCCUCACUGGGGUUGGAUUUAUGCCGAACCCCGACUUACUGGGGCCCAGGCGGGGGCUGGGAUCCAAGCCUUCUGCUCCCUGGGGCGCCACCCCUCCCCCGGCCCCGCUGCUUCUGCUGUAAGCCCCCCGCCGCGGCCUCCGCUCCCCCCCGGGUGAGGGGAUUAUUUAAGUUCUCAGAGAACACUGGCCGCCUCUGCUCUGAGUUUUUCGUGCCUUGGAGAUUGGGGCCCCACCUCCCUGAGGCCUGGGGGGUGGGCACAAUUGGGAGGGGCUGUCCUGCGGUGGGAAGGUUUGCUUCUCGGGGGGUCACCACCAGAGGGCGCCCCGGCCUCCGGAAUGUGGGGGCGACUGGGGGCAUUUCCCGGACCAAGCUUGGGUCUCCACUGGGGGUGUUCCCGACACCCUCUCCUUAGCCCACCUCCCCAGACUCCUGCAGCACGUGCCCAGCGUUGGCCAGGAUUUAGGCAUCAGGGAGGCCUCCGCUCCCCACCUCCCUCCCUGCACCUCACAGGUUCUG